AUGCAUCUCAUCCUCACCGGGGCCACAGGCCUUGUAGGUUCUGCUGCUCUGGACGCGAUGCUUCACACACCCACCAUCUCCAAAAUCACAAUCCUAUCGCGACGACCCAUCCCUUUCGCACAAGAGGCCUCGGAUCCUCGCGUCAACGUCAUCCUCCAUCAGAACUUCAACCAGUACGACCCGUCCCUACUGGAGCAGCUACAAGGGGCCAAUGGCUGCGUGUGGGCACUGGGGAUAUCGCAAAACCUCGUUAGCGCAGAAGACUAUGUGGAAAUCACCAAAGACUACGCGCUCAGCGCCGCGAGAGUGUUCGAGGACAUCAAGGCCAGUGAAGGGAAAUUCCGCAUGGUGUACGUGUCCGGCGAGGGCACAACACACAACCCUGGGCGAUUCACGCCCAUCUUUGGCCGCGUGAAGGGGGAGACAGAGAAGGAGCUCGCAGUCAUAUCUGCGCGCGGUCACAUCCAAAUCGACUCGGUGCGGCCAUCCUUUGUUGACAAGCAGGGUCACGAGGCCAUCCUACCCUACGUGCCCGCGGUGCCAUUCUCCAUGAAGGCUAUGGUGGCCGUGGCGGGACCGUUGAUAAGGGGCUUCAUGCCGAGCCAGCACUCGCCGACGCCGAUGCUGGGCAGGGGUUUGGUCGACAUGGCCAUGGGAAAGAUGGAGGGCAAGUUUGAGGGUAAGGGCGUGGAGAGGGUCGGUGGAUCGUGGAUCGUGUCCAACGUCGGGUUCAGGCGGAUGGUGGGUGCUUGA